UUUAUUUCCUCUCAUACUUGAAUGAGAACACCUUCCUAAAGCAACACACCAACAUGGGUCCUAAAAUGUUGUGUUCUUUUGCGUCCAUUCUCGCUGUCUUUCUUGCAGUCCAUCAACCCUUCACCGUUCACCCGAGAAGCCUGAGAUCUACAGCUCCAAGCCUCACUUCCUUCCAGGGUUUGGAGGAGUCCCUCAAGGGCCAGAACAAGCAAGGCGUCACAGAGGUCAAGCGUCAUCUCAAAGCUUUAGGAUACUUGGACUAUGAGGACGAGAACCGCGUCGUCGUCCUGGACGAUGAUGAGUUCGAUGAGACUUUAGAGUCGGCACUCAGAUCUUACCAGAGAUUCUACCGUCUUAAAGUCACCGGAAAGCUGGAUGUUGACACCGUGAAGCAAAUGAGCGUCCCGAGAUGCGGGGUGCCCGAUUUCGUCCCCCCUAGGCACGCGAACAGGAACGCCACUGAGCCUAACAAGUUCCACGUGGUGUCGCGCUAUAGGUUCGCUGCCGGCAUGGCUAAGUGGCCGCCUUCCAAAUUCCAUCUCACCUACGCCUUCGGAUCCAUCCCCAAGGCCAUGUCACUGGGGGAGUUGAGAGGAGUCUUCUGGAGGGCUUUCCAGACCUGGGCUCAUGUUACUGCGUUCACUUUCAAUGAAGUUUCGACUGGGGAGUCGCCUGAUUUCGUCAUAGGCUUCUACAGCGGCGAUCACGGCGACGGUCAACCUUUCGAUGGGCCGGGCGGGUUUCUCGCCCAUUCUUCUGAGCCAACCCCUGGUUUCCCAGCCUACGGUAAGUCCCACUACGAUGCGGACGAGCCAUGGAGCCUAAAUCCCAGCUCAACCCAAAUGGACUUGGAAUCGGUGGCGCUGCAUGAAAUAGGACACAUUCUAGGCCUCGCCCACAGCGAGGAUCCGAAGGCCGUCAUGUAUUACGGAAUUGCGGCCGGCGCUGUCAAAAGGGUUCUUCAACAAGAUGACAUCGAUGGCAUACAUACUUUGUACUCCUAG